AUGGAGGCAGCUUAUCAGAAUGUUAUUACAGAACAACAUGUGGACAUGUUGCUCACUCAUCAAUACUUAUUCUACACUAAAGAUUUUAAAGUAGUUUCGCCAAGUUUAGAUUCGAAGAAUACAGUGAGCGAGAAACCUUUCUAUUUGGUCUUUCUCUUACAUCCACAAAAUCCCAUGUUGGCCAAGAUUUACCACAGCGCAUCAAUCAAGACAAUGAAAGAUAUUGGAAACAAGACGAAUCAAAACAACUCCCCUCUCCAAUCAUGGUUCCAACAAGAAUUAGCUGCCAUCGACAAACAAAAGGAAUGUUUCGACGAAUACUUUUACUAUCUCAACGAUAAGAAACUUGUUUCCAUGCUAAAGGUCCAUGAGAAUCUAUACGAAAGAUGGUCUCAAUACUCUCAAUUCAAACAUUCAGCCCAUCACUUCAUCGUCUACAUUAAAGAACUUCCACAAGAUGCAACACCACUCAAUUCUCCACUUUCUUCAGUUGACCUAUUCCAAGCCAUUCCAGCAAGCAUUUAUGCCUUCUCCAUCAAAGAUGCCUUCAUCAAUGGAAAACAAAUGAAAGUAGGAGUUAAUGGCAGUGGAUGGGUUAAUACGAGGAUGAGAGCAAACUUUGAUUCCAAAUAUUUAAUGAUGUAUUUGGCAGUACUUAUCCAAAAAAGGAUGGGUGCUAGAUAUGGAUACUGUAACAUCUUUGAAGAUAAUAUGAAGAGUGUUGGUAUGACUAGGAAUUGUGGCAUGUUCGUUGGUGAUCAGAAAUUGACAUUUAUUGGUAUGAAUGUUAAGAGAGAAGGUGAAGAAAAAAACGAGACGAAUGUGAGGGAAAUUGAUGAUGUGCAAGAUUAUGUUUCUACAAUGAAAGAUGUUUAUGGUAAUGAUGGAUUCUUGAUUCAGGAUUUAGAUUGUGUUUAUUUACAUGAUUCAUUUGCUGGUUGUUAUGUAAAUACGAAAGAAAACUUUACUUUCCAAUUAUGGAAGUGUAAAUAUGCAGAAAUGAAAGAAACUGGUGAAAGAAUUCCAAGUUUCAUGGUGAACAACAUUGUUUCUCAUUCGAUGGAUGAAAGCCAUGAAGGUCCAAUGCCAUUGAAUCGUUCACAAUAUUCGAAACUAGUUUCAGAUGUCAAGAAUAUUGUCUUUUCCAAAUUGGAAAACUCAAAGUUGGAGAACAAUGCACAAGUAGCAAAUAUUAUCUUCGUUACAUUGGGUGAUUACGAUUUCAACAAGUUUAUUCUAGAUUCGUAUGAAAACUCAAACUUGAGUUUCGCCAAAUUGUAUUACAGCUUCCAAGAUUUGAAACUCUUGGAUCCUAAACAAGUAAGAAAGAGUCCAUUGAUGAAGAUUACUCAAGCAUCCAGUAGAAACUAUUCUAAACUAUUAUUUACAGAUGUCAGAGAUUUGACAGGUAAACCUAUGGUUUGGUCCAAUUCCAUUCGUGAUGAAAUUAAUUUCCAUUCAUCUGAAACAAAUUCAUUCUCAGGAUUUGCCAGUAAAUUGUAA